CCGAGGAGGCGGGAAAUAAUCUUUCUUUUCGGCCGAUUGAUUUCUUUGUGCGGUCUCGUGACGCGCUCGGGGGGGGGGGGCGACAUGUCAAACUCCAACAAGAGCAAAAAGGACAAAGAGAUCCUCGCGGACUACGAGGGCCAAGUGAAAGAUGUGCGAGGCCAGCUGGUGGAGCAGCAGCGCUGCCUGGAGCAGCAGACCGACAUGCGGGUCCAGCUCCUCCAGGACCUGCAGGACUUCUUCCGCAAGAAGGCCGAGAUCGAGACCGAGUACUCCCGGAACCUGGAGAAGCUGGCCGAGAGGUUCAUGGCCAAGACGCGCAGCACCAAAGACCACCAGCAGUACAAAAAGGACCAGAACCUUCUGUCACCGGUCAACUGCUGGUACCUGCUGCUCAACCAGGUGAGGAGGGAGAGCAAGGACCACGCCACCCUCAGCGACCUCUACCUGAACAACGUCAUCAGCCGCCUCACGCACAUCAGCGAGGACUCGGCCCGCCUCCUCAAAAGGAGCAAGGAGAUCAUCUUCCAGCUGCAGGAGGAUCUCAUGAAGCUCCUCAACGAGCUCUACACCGUGAUGAAGAGCUACCACAUGUACCACGCGGAGACCGUCAACGCCGAGGGCAAACUGCGAGAGGCCGAGCGCCAGGAGGGGCGGGCGAAGGGCGCGCCGGGCGCGGCCGAGCCCGUCUUCGGCUUGCGCAUGGAGGAACGCCACCAGAGACGCAACGCCGCCCGCAAAAUGGAGAAGAUGCGCGAGAAGAGGAAGGCAAAAUACUCGGAGAACAAAGUCAAGACGCUGAAAGCGCGCAACGAGUACCUGCUGACUCUGGAGGCCACCAACGCCGCCGUCUUCAAGUACUACAUCCACGACCUGCCCGACAUCAUCGACUGUUGCGACCUAGGGUACCACUCCAGUCUGAGCCGGGCUCUGAGGACCUACCUGUCGGCCGAGCUGAGCCUGGAGGCGUCCCGGCGCGCCGGCCUGGAGGUUCUGGAGGGCGCCGUGGAGGGUCUGGACCCCGCCCGCGACCGCCAACGUCUCCUGGGCCUCUACCCCGCCGCCUUCUGCCCGCCGUCGCGCUUCAGCUUCCAAGCCCACAUGGGCGACACGGUGAGCCAGAUCGCCUCCCAGCCGCAGGUGCAGGCGGAGCUCGCCCUGCGCCUCACGCAGCUGCAGACCCGCCUGGCCUCGCUGAAAAUCGAGAACGAAGAGGUGAAGAAGACGUGGGGGGCCACCCUCAGCACGCUGCAGGACAUGACGGUGCUGGACGACUGCGACGUCUCGCAGAGCUUCGCCCACAGCCCGUCGUCCGAGUCGGUCAAGUCCAGCGUGUCGGACGGCUACCUGAACAAACCCAGCCUGGCCAAGAGGCGAGCCAACCAGCAGGAGACGGAACUCUUCUACUUCACGAAGUUCCGCGAGUACCUGGAGGGGAGCAACCUGGUCUCCAAGCUGCAAGCCAAACACGACAUCCUCAAGAAAGCCAUAGCAGAAGGCUACAAAGCGGAGCUGCUCACCACCAGCCGCGGGCGGAAGAACUCGCACAGCAAGCAUCAGGACUCGAGCAAAGCCAUCCCGCUGCUGGUGGAGAGCUGCAUCCGCUACAUCAACCUCCACGGUCUCCAGCAUCAAGGCAUUUUCCGGGUGUCCGGUUCUCAGGUGGAGGUCAACGACAUCAAGAACUCCUUCGAGAGAGGCAACGACCCGCUGAUCGACCAGGAAAGCAACCGCGACAUCAACUCGGUGGCCGGCGUCUUGAAGCUGUACUUCCGUGGCCUGGAGAACCCGCUUUUCCCCGGCGACAGGUUCAACGACCUCAUCGCCUGCGUCCGAAUGGAGAACCUGUACGAGCGAGCGCAGUGCAUCCAAAAGAUCCUCGUGGGCGUUCCGAAGGCCACGCUGGUGGUGAUGCGCUACCUCUUCGCCUUCCUCAACCAUCUGUCCAAGUACAGCGACGAGAACAUGAUGGACGCCGGCAACUUGGCCAUCGUGUUCGGGCCCACCCUGCUGCCCACCCCCGAGUCUCUGGACCAGGUGGCGUGCCAGGCGCACGUCAACGAGGUGGUCAAGACCGUCAUCCUUCACCACGACAACAUCUUCCCCGACGCCAAGGAGCUGCCGGGGCCGCUCUACGAGACCUGCAUGACCGGCGAGCAGUACUGCGAAAGUCCGUUCAGCGAGCCGGGAGCUCUGGAGGAGACCGAGCCGGACGGCGGCACCGAGACGCAGACCAGCGAUGAGGAGGGCGAGGCGGCGGAGGCGGUGGCGAGGUUCGACUACGUGGGCCGAUCGGGCCGCGAGCUCUCCUUCAAGAAGGGCGCCGCCCUGCAGCUCUACCAGCGCGCCUCGCACGACUGGUGGGAGGGCCGGCACAACGGCAGCCGCGGGCUGGUACCGCAUCAGUACAUCGUGGUGAAGGACAGGGGCGACAACACGUCAGACGCGCUGACCCAAAAAGGAGACAGCGACGGCGGAAGCAGCAGCACCGAGGACAAGAGGUCCGCCCGGGACCUGUGCUCGCCCACAGAGAUCCUACCGCCCGAGUCCUACCACAGGUAUCACAGGAGGAAGCGGACGGAGGGUUUAUUCCGCCGUCCGCUGGGCCGCUCCAGCGACUGCCACGGCAACGGGGUGCCGAUGGAGCGCAGUUCGCCCCCGGUGACGGGUCACUUCAGCCCCAGGGACCUGCUGCUGGGGCGCGGCCAGGGCCCCACGCCGCCCCCAGACAGCCCGGAGCGCCGGCGCCGCUCGGCCGCCGGCGCGGUGACCGCCGGCCGCCGCGACUCCCUCCGGAGGCCCGAGGACACCCCCGUCCGCCGCGCCGGAGGCGGCCAUUGCGGCUUCGACUCGCAUCGGUCCAGGGCCGUGGACCCCGGCACGCUGGCUCAGGACAUCGAGGAGACGGUGAGCGCGGUCCUGGGGGACUUCCGGCACCAGGACCGUCACGGCCGCAGACCGGCUCCGGACGUGGUCCUGGACACCCUGGAGCAGGUGAAGAACGGCCCGCCGGCCCCUUGCUCCUCUGAGUCCCCGAGCCCCCACAGCACACCCAGCACGCCGGGCACCCCCGGUACCCCCGGCACCCCGAGCCCUUUGAGUCCCCUGAGUCCCGUCAGCCCUCUGCCGGGACCCCCGCCGAGGCCGACCAACCCGUCUCCGGACACGCCGGGCUCCUUCAAGCCCGCGGCGGUCGGUCGGACGGGCGUCCCGCCGAGGCCCCCCGCCCUGAGGCCCAAACCCGCCGUGCCGCCCAAGAGCGGCACCCCUCCUCUGCCCCCGGCGCUCGACAAAUCCUGCACCAUGUGAGCCAAACCGGGCCCGCGACAAGCGGGCCAGUCGAGGACAACAGGGUAGCGUCCAAUAUUUUGAGGAUCGUCGGAACAAGGACGAGUGAGUUUGAAAUGUGAUCCCGCGUCCAAUUUAUGAAAAGAACCAGACUACUAAAUGAAACUAGAGAACGCGACUUGUGUAGAAAUUGCGGGUGAAUGCCGAAGAGCCGACGCAGAACCGAAAUGCAGACCGAGCGGGCCAAAGGUCCGAGUCGGAGAAUUGGCACAUCUUCCACUAGUGACUCCGAGCACAGGAUCAAAUCCAAUCUGCUCGGAAGGAAAAUCGGAAGGCAAUUUUUUCACAAACCCCAGAAAGCGUGCGCAAGAACAAGAACUUUCCCCAAAGCACGCGGCGCCCGACGUCAACGAAUUUGUGAAGCUUGCGAACACGCAAACAAACCAGAAGGAAAAACUUGGGCGAGCUCUCAGUCAACAAUUCCCUCAAAUUAGUGCAACAAUCUAGUAACCCGACAAUAGGAAAUUAAUGUCCUGAAUGAUUUGAUGUCAUUUGAAAAAUGUCUGUCGUUCCUUCGGGCUGGUCGUCAAAGAUUUUCAAGGUGCAGAAUCGACGUACGCGUUUCUCUUCAGCAUUCACGCCGCGCUUGUAACGAUAUUCGUGUGUUGUCAGGUUGCCGUAAUCUCAUCAUUGUUGUACAGAAGCAUUUAACAAAGUGACCCAGGCGUGAUAUUCCUAAUAGUCCAGCUAAUAACGCGAAGCGACCUAACAAAAGUACCGUAGUUGUAGUCAAGUCAAUGUGGGACAGUUCCAAGCCCUGGCGGGGCCGCCAUGUUGGCCACGUUGGAUGAUUUGAUUUCCUUCUACUGAGUUGAGCUGCUACAACCCGACGCAAACGUCCGAUGAAUGUUUUGAAGAACUUUUCCUCUUUUGAAUGUUACUGUCAAGCCUUCUUCUUGAAUUUAGCGGGGCGGGGGAGGGGGGGUACGUCGGUACAGGGCGCCACCCUCGGCGGGGGCUUUUGCGCUGCUCGCCGCGUCCACGAGAAUCGCGCCGGGCGACGGACGCGAGCCCGACUCGCCGGACAAGCGUGCCACUUUCGCUACGCGUGUGUGUGUGUCUGUGUGUGUGUGUGCGUGCGUGCGUGUUAAAAGGUUUACCUGCUCGCUACACUAAAGGUUCUCAAACUGUGGUCCCAGGACCCCCCCGGGGCUCCGCAUGACAAUAUGAUUGAUAAUUAACAACUAAAUCGAUGGCUAUUUUGGAGAAUUGUUUUUUUUUUUUUAAUAUAUCAUUUCGAGACCUCGAUGAACUUAAAACUUCGACAAUUCAGCCUCUCAGCGGCCGUCGUCCGUUACGAAAGCCGACCGAUCACCUUUGGCGUCCUCCGCAGAAAACUGACAACAAUCUGCAUUGAUUUCCAAAUCGGCGAUCGACGUUUUUCAACAUUUUGCCGACCAAACCAGAAACUGAAUCCUAAUCAUUUGUUUGGGCUCGUGAUAUAAUAAUAAUCAUAAUGAUAGUGGCCUGUUUUUGGUAAAAGGCUGGAAUAAAAAAAAAAAAAAAAACAGAUUUAUUAACUGAAGGCCUUGACUUUAUUCGUAAGGGUAUGACCCCCCCCCCCCCCAAGAAGCUCUUGUGAAGAACAAUUGGGGAGAUGGAAAUCAUCUUUACUUUCAUUGUAAUAUUUAGAUUUGUUCUUGAAAAUCAACCACUUGCUUCCCUCGACAUCAACGCAUCGUGUCGGCGGCCAUUUAACUUGAUGAGGUCGCGGCCCUCGGAAGAUAAAAACAAUCUCUGGCGCCACCCAGCGGAACGGAAAGCCACAACUUCUGAACCGUUCGGAUCGUCGGAUUUGUCGGAUCGAGCCCCCGGGCGGCCCGGCUCCGUAAGGGGGUCCCUGGACGCAAAACGUUUGAGAACCCCUGCACUAAAGUCACAAGCUAACCUUAAACUCACAGGAAGUGAACAGGGUGGGGCUCCACGUCCAAAACGCCCCCAAAAAAAACAACAACAACAACAAAAAAAAAAAAAAAAAAAAACUUGAACAGCACAGUGAAUGUGGCCUCUUGGCUUUUUGUGCGCGUGUGUGAGCGAGAGAGCAAAUGUGAAAGUGCCUUUUUUUCCAUGUUUUUUGGGGUUUGGGUUUGGGUUGGAUCCUCACACGCAUGUCCAGAAGGAGGCGCUGCGGCACUCGGAAUGAAAGAAAGCCUUCAAACCUUUGCUAGAGUUCCCACGUUAACCCAUUAAGACUUUUUUGCACAUCGACCUUCUUGUGUAGGAAACUUAGGUACUCGGCAUGUAGCAUCAUCACACGUUGGUGCGUUUAACGGGGGGCGGGGGGGGGGGGCGCGUUUCCCUCUCCGAAUGUUAAAAGAGGAAAAAUGUUCUCGUCUGUUGGUGUUGACGUGUUUGAAACCGGAGCUUCCGUCACGCAAGCUCAUAUAGCCCAAAUGGAUUGUAAUCGUGUCGUAUUUAUAUUACAAAUAAAUGACAACUCACAA